UCUCUCCAUAACUGAAAACCCGACUCUUUCCCCGCCAUAUUCAACAGAAGAGCGAAUCGAGUUGAUUCAAUGGAGUCGAACAUUGCAGCUGAACGAGUUGAAUCAGAGAGCCCUAAGGCAAAAGAAGAAGCCAGGACCGAGAAGACCAUCAUAUCCGGCCAAGACUUCAACUUCGAGAACGGCAACAACCCAGUAGUUGCUUCCAUCAUUUCUCCGGCGGAAACUGUCGAAUCAGCCCAGGAGAUCAAGAACAUGAAGAACGAUAAGAAGAAGAAACAGAAGAAUGAGGUGCAAGUCUCCAACACCAAGAAGCCCUUCAUCUUCUAUCUGAAUCGUGCCAAGAGGUACAUCCAUGAGUUCAACGAGGUUGAACUUUGCGGCUUAGGAAUGGCUAUUCCUACUGUUGUCACCAUAGCUGAGAUUCUGAAGCGAAAUGGAUUCGCAAUCCAGAAAGGAUUAGCGACAUCGACCGUGCUCAGCACCCAUGAGGAUCGAAAGGGUCGUCAAAUCGAGAAAGCUAAGAUUGAGAUAGUGCUGGAAAAAGCUGGGAAAUUUGAGGCCAUCAAUGGAGUUGUAACCCCCAAUGAAAGCUGAUGAUCACAAAGCACAAG